AUGGCACUAAUACGCGACAGCUAUAUUGUGUACAUUGCGCUCAUUGCCAUGUAUCUCGUCCUAAUUUGGUUUUUCUUCCCAGAAACGAGGCAAAUGACAAUCGAAGAAGUCUCGGUCAUCUUCGACACAGGUCGAAAGGGUGACGCGCAGGCAGCCGCUCUCCACUUUGAUCACGGAAGGGAGCGGAAGGAGCUGGAGUUGAUUACGGAUGCAGUCGACGAUGCUGAGAAGAAUCCCAAGGCAAAGACUGUUUCCCACAUCGAAUAA